AGUUUUGAUAUAAACUAAGGAGCAAAAACUUAUUUUAGCAUCUAACAGAAAGAUGUAUAUCGUAACUUUUUAAAUUUACAACACCGCUGUCACAUACACUGUUUAGAUCUAAGCGUGGUUUAUCUCAUGAAGAUAUCGAAAAGAACAAAUCAGAGCAAAAAUUCAAUCACAUGUUCGAGCAGAAGAAGCAGCCUAUCGUUGUGUUGAACGUUUAGCUGUUGUUGAAUGUAUUACAAAAGAAGAAUUCAGACAUAUUUUAAGCAUUAUAACGUUGUCACAUUAUCAAGAUAUUACAGAAGAACGUUUUGUUUCCAAAAUGUGUGGAUAUGCUUUAUGUAGCAACAAGAUCUCUAAGGUAGUCAAACAAAAGUUUCAUAUUUCAACUAAUUCAAACAAAGUCUAUGAUAUGGAAGAGCGAAAACGAUUUUGUUCACUUCAUUGCUUUAAAGCAAGUAAACACUUGGAAAGACAGAUGCAAGAAUCUCCUUUUUGUACUACAUCCACUGAAAAAAAAAUUACAUUUAUUGAUGAAGUGGUGGAUAGCACACCUUUUGUCCUUGAUUGUGAAAUCAAAAUGAUGGAGAUGCUAAAACUAACUGAUGAUGAUAAAAGUUAUACUGAAGAACAAUAUAUUGGCGAUGCAGGCAGCUCAAAGAACAAAGAUUUUAAAUCUGUAUAUCAAAAAGACAGCAAUCCUCCAACUAAUCUGAUGAAAAAUACCAAUCAAAGCACUCAGAAAACUAAACUUAAAGAAAAGCAAGCGAUUUUAAUCAUACCAGAAAUAGAAAAAAAUGUUUUACCCAGUAAAACUGGUUUAAAACCAGAUGAUUUGAACACAUUAGUUGAAUUAGUUGAAAUUCUGAAAUCUUGGUUUACACCCAAAUCAUUAGAUUACUUAUUUAAUACAGAAAAUAUAAACAAAAAUAAUCUGAAAAAGUCUGUUAUAAAAUUUGAUUUUACAAAUAUGGAUAACGAUAAUAUUGAAAAAAAAGUCGAUGUUGGUAUUAUGCAAAAUUUUAAUCAAAAAGCUAUGGGAUUUUUAACAAGACAACCUGAAUGGGUAUCGGAAACAGUUGUAUCUAACAAGCAUCUGAUAACAAAGGAUGAUAGUGAGAAUAUAUCAACUCCACCUUUAAUAGUUGACUCAAAGUCUCAGUCUGUUAUUAGAAAAAGAAUUGUUAAAGAAAAGCUUACAUCAAGUUUAAAAAACCUUUUAACUGUUGUUGGAAUGACAAUUACAGAUCUCUCUGAACUUGGAUUCUUUUCACUUGUUGAUACAUUUCGAUUUACUAGUAAAAAUAUUGUUUUGAAACCAAAACAGUGGCAUAAUAUUGGGCUAAUUUUAUUAAAAUUACUUAGUAAGAAUAACCAUGACUUAGCUUCUUCCUUUGACAGUCGAUCGUUUGAAGUUGAUGAAUUAGCGAAAAGAGAAGGUCUUAUUACAAUGGACAAUUUGAACUUUGUUGUUGAAUCCAUAAAGAAUAUGAAAAUAACCUAACUUUUUAUUUUCUAUUAUUUAUAUUUGCCUUUAAAGUUGUAAAAAGUAUAAUAAUAGAAAAAAAAUAAACUA